GCCUUUCGAAUUCAUGGAUUAAAAACCAAAAGAGAGGUAACUUCACAAGACUCAGGAAAGUUUUGACGGAGACAGCAGCUGCUGCUGUGGAGUUUUCUGUCCCGUCCGUAAAAACAAAAAAAAUAAAUAAAUAAAAAGAAAGAAAAAAGCUGAGCUGAGGGCGCACGGUACGCUGCACAAUCCCAACAAGGACGCUGAAGAAACACUUCCCAGAGAAAGAGAGAGAGAGAGUGAGAGAGACUGAGAUAGAGAUCCUAUCUCACUCUCCUAGCUGAGGUCCUCGGAAGAUCGUGUCUAUCGUCUCGAAACUGCAGAACCAUGUCUAGUAAAGCAACUUUAGCACUGCUCAUCUAUGGAAUCAUAAUGCAUCACAGCAUCAACUGCUCGCCUGUAGGAAUAAGCUUUCCAAGCAUAAGACUUGACAGUGAGCUUUAUGAUGAGGGUGGCAACUCCUUGCCCUCCCUGGAUUAUGAUGGAGAUCAGUUGGAGGUGAGGAGCCCGUCUUCUGUCGCAGACGACGUCUUCACCAUGUUCUACCCAUCAGAGAAAAGUGGGGGCAAAACGCUGGACGACAGCUCGGAGCCCCUCUCCAAGCGACACUCAGACGGGAUCUUCACAGACAGCUACAGCCGCUACAGGAAGCAAAUGGCUGUCAAGAAAUACCUGGCGGCAGUCCUGGGGAAAAGGUACAGACAGAGAAUUAGAAACAAAGGACGGCGGAUGGCGUAUUUGUAGCAUCUCCCACUAAGCCUCCUGAGUAUAGAGAACCCCUCCGCCUCCCUCCCUCAAAAAAAUAAAUAAAUAAAAAAUAUCAAAUGUGUUCAGUCCCAGAUGAAGUCAUUUUGGAGAUUUUACCAAUCAGUGGAUCGCUUUUUGUGUUUCUAAGACAUGUAUUUAUGUAUGAAGUAAGCCAUUAAAUGAAUAUUUUGAUAAUAUUGUUUUCAUUUUGUACUUGAAGCACUUAAGGAUGCACUUAUUUCCAAUGUGGACCAUUUUUUGUUCAUUUAGAGAGAAAAUAUGCCUCUGGUCUAACAUGAAAAUCUGUUCUGAUAGUUCUGUCUUUUAAACUUUUAGCAAAGACAGAAACAAGAGGGAAAUAAACAGCUUAAAAAAUUAUCAAUGCAUUAAAUGCUGCUUUUUUUCCUCCCUGAAACAUGACAUUAAGAGUUUAGUUGUCUUUAUUCACAACAGCCUUGAAGACAUAGGUAUUCACCAUAUCCUACAAGCGAUAGACUUUGACGCCCUCCCGGACGGGGAUGAGCUUGAUGCUUUUUUGGGAGACUGGCUGAAACAGUUUUCUCCCGAAUUUUCGGUGAGUUUCCGGCUCUUUCCCGAAACUGGGACUUCUCAAGUCCCUUCUUCUUUUUUUUCUUUGUUCUAUUCUUUUUUUCUCACUUUGUGAGGUUGUUUUAGACUCUUGAAUCAAACUCUCCUUUCACCUCAUCUGUGCUUCUGGCUCACAGACAACAGGAACGCAGGUUGCUAAAGAUGACUGAGAAAAGGAAAUUGGUCAAUCUGACGUAACCUUUGAAGUUAAAGUGGCAGGUUACACUUUUUAAAGAGAGGUAAUGUAAAGAUACUAUCUAUUUUACCUGUAGUGGAAAAAUGCUGCAGAUUAGUGAGUUUGUAGGAAAGUGAAUAUAUCCUUUGAGCAGUAGAAGGGUCUGGCCACAUUAACACAGAUAUUUUGGAAAACAGAAACUGAUGCAUUUGCACAUCAAGUCCACAAGUAUAUGAAGUUUUGCCAAAAAAGAAAAAAGAGUUAACAUUGAGAAAUAUUUUCUAAAAUGAAUAGUUGAGAUGUUUAUGUGUGUGCAAGAUAUCUGAGUGUAGCAGACAUGAUAAUGUAAUUGCCCACGUUGAGCCUGGCCACCUUUGUUUCUGUACUAGAUACUACAACAAAAAUGAGGCAUAUUUGAAUGUCUUUCCACAUCUGCUUCACAUUCUCCUGACAGUAGCUGCAGCUGUUUUAGGAUAAAUCUGUUGCCUAACACAGCUUUGGCUAUGCUCGGGAUAUUUUCCUUUGGAAAUUUGAGGUAUUAUUGACGUUAUUGCCACCUGUUGGCACAGCAUAGGCUUUGCAAGGUUGCUAAUUGUGGAAUCCCAGAGACAGUGCAGAUGUGAAUGUGAUCAAAACACAGGGGAAAGAGUAGUUGUGUAGCUAAACUGAAGUUUACAGAGACCUAAGUAAAGAAAAUAGCCCAAGCUAAAGGCCCAAUACAUUUUGUUUUGUUGAGCUUUUGUAUACUUUAAUGCUAGGCUAAUGUAAGCAUGGCUUCUCUAUAUUUCACAAAAGACUACUGAUAAUUGUAUAGUUGGGGUUUCAAGUGAGUUUGUGUGAAUAAAACUUUGAGUAAGAGCAGUUCUCCCACAUUAUAAACCAAAUACUUUAUUGUGAACAUUGUAAUUAUUUAUGAGCAGUGAUUUAGCACAGCUGCAGCUGAGUCUUCUCUAAAAUAGAAAACGUGGAGUGGGUCUAGACUGACUUGUUUUUCAGUCCUGAUCUAGUUUGAAAUCUUUGAGAAUGUUGAUAUGGUGCAUAGUAGGUUGUAGUGUAUUUACUUUGUACCUUAUAUAAUUCAUUUCUCGUUACACUUCCAACAAUCUGCUUAUUUGAAAAUACAGAAUCCCCAAUUUCAAUAAGAUUAGAUACACUUACCAACUAAAAUUCCCUCUAAUUAAAGUAUUUUGAUCAAACUGAAUAUCACACAGCCAGUGAAAAGUGGACCCUUUUCCCUAAAAACAUGUCCUCCAGACACCAAAGAGUAUUUUAUUGUGUUCUCUUACUACAUGGAAAUGUUAUUAUUCAUAAUUUCUGGUUGUAAAUAGAACACCACCCCCUGAAAUCAGAAUUCUUUAGUUUCCAAAGUGGCCUCUGUUCAUAUAGAACCUAGUAAAAGUUACAGGUAAAAACUACUUAUCAGCACCCAUGAUGUUUCGCAUGUUAUUAUUCCAGUGACACACAAAGUGCUGACGGAAAGCAGGCUCUUUUAGUGUUCAAACAUAUAAAAUACAGAGAAAUGUCUUGCUACUGGCUGCUACAUGUAGGAUUAAGAAGCUGGCUUGACUAGAUGAAGACCUUUUACAUUGACCUGGAGAAAAGAAGCUAAAAUAAGAGGAACAAAGGCUUCCCUUCACAUUUUAUAGUUUGAUUCAUUGCAAUAUGAUACAUUAAAAUAAUGUAAGUGAAUGACAAUUAGCAACUAAACGAAGACUAAUUCUUUUUAAGAUUCAUAUUUCACUAGAAAGCCUUUAAUUAUAAUUCUUAUGUGCCUUAGUGAAAGUGAAUAUUAUAAACCUUCAGUGUUACCCUGUCACUCUCCUACAUAUCUACCUUGAGGUCAAAUGUCAUAGGAAGAUACAGCAGCAACACCUUCUUAUAAAUUUGACUUAUAGUAUAUAAUACUUUGAUCACUGGCUAAACUAGCUGCAAUGACUGGAUAAAAAAAAUUCAACCGCCCUGCAGAUCUCAUGUAUCAUAUGUACCAUAAAUAUGUUUGACUGCUUCUCAGAUAUCACUAAAAAGACCCAAUAUUAAAAAUACUUAAACUCAUAACAUCAUGCAAAAGCUCUGCUUGCACUGAAUGCUCAUCACAGCAAAAAUACUUUUCCCUCUAACCUAUUCCACAACCCUGAUCCCAAUGCACAUGGUAAAAAACAACAAACAUGUAAAACCAAAAAGAAGAAAUACAUUAUGCACAAUUAAUACAUAAAUGAGAAAAUGCAAACAAAUAAUCAAGUUAAAAUGAUGCAAAAACUGAUCUCACUGUUCAAAUAACAGUAAAGUAUCUCAGCUUUGGUGAGAAUAAAAAAAAAGAGACUACAAUAACUUUGCAAAUGGCAGCACAACAAGAGACUUACAGAUCUUCAUUUACAAGGUAGCUGAGUUAAGAUUUUCUUUUUUUACUUUUGCAAAUUACUCCUUUAGUUUUCAUCUAAAAAAUUAUUUAAUCAAGCAUUUUUAUUGUGUUAUGUCUGAGAAUUAGUACACAUUAAUUAAUCCACUUUAUAUUAAACAUAGAAGAUUAUUAUCAGUAAAUAUAGUGUUGAAUCACCAGGUGUGAACAUUUUUAGAGUGUUUUAAUGAGGUAAAAUUAAUUAAAUCCCUGCCCCUUUGACAGUUUAUAUUAAGUUUCUACUGCUCUUUGGAUUUGCAAAAUUUUCUACAAAAUCAUUAAGCUAUGAUACCUUUCUGCCUCAGACAAAUAAACAUAUGACUAUUUGUAAGUUUAUAGACACCUCUCUGAAAUGAGCCCAUGUCCAGUUAGAUUCAGAUGAUUUCCAAAAGUAGAAAAUAUCAGAUUUGAGAGGAGAAACAAAGAAUUUGUUUUUACUUUUUCCUAAUUCUUUCCUCCCACUUCAGCAAUGUUUACAAAGAGAUCCUCCACUUUUGACUCAUGUAAAGUGGCAAUGCUUUGUAUCUACCAACGUCAAUCCAAUGUGUUUGGAGAUUUUCUCUCAUCUCUUUGUCCAUAUAAUAAGUAUCAAUGACAUUUCAAGCAUAAAAAGCAAACAACAAGCAAACAAAUUCCCAAAAUAAACCAUUCUUGUUACGUGGUUUUCCCCAUCAGUUUGUCCUGUGUAAGGGACAAACAAAGUGGUUUGAACUCUGGAUCUAUUGUGCUUCCCUAUUUUCUGUCAUGUGAACCGCUGUACAAACUCCAAGCAGACUGCAUGAUUAAAGUAAUUGCACCAGCUCAUUGCAUCUGUGCAGACAACUAGAUGGUUUUGCUUGCUUUCUGACUUCUGCGUACAUACAUAUCUACCAUUGAUGGAUGUUUUGUGCUCUGUUCUCACUUACUCUUCUAAACAAGUAGUUUGUUGGACCUUGUUUUGAAUGUACUUUAUUGUUGCUCAAUCUGAUGGAAUCUAUUAAAGCCUAUUAUUACUUUUUAAAGAUACUUCCAAAUAACCAUCUCACGACUUCUGCCUGCAACGAUAGGCACAAAAGCUGUUGUAAGUGAUGACAUAUUAAGGCCAGAAAGCACAUAAACUGAGGGGAAGCAGGCAAAAAUAUCAGCUGAUUUUCAGGCAAAGUUAACCAAAACAUUACUCACUUCCAGGUGAGUUAAUCUGAAAUAUCCCCAAACGUACAUUUAUGUCACAAAUUCAAUACAAAAUGUCAGUUUCAAGUAUUAGAUAUUGUAGAUUCAUUACACAUGGAGUGACAUAUUUCUUUUUGGUUUUAUGAAAAUCUAAUAAAAAACAAACAAACAAAAAACAAGCAUUUAGACUAAACUAAUU